CUAAACUUUGUUUUGUUGACGAAUGCAUGUUUGAUAUAUAACACGGGAUUUUUGUGGUUGACACGCACCGGUGUAUAUCGCGAAGCGGCAUCGAUUGCAUUUGUUUGCUGUUGUUAUGUCGGCGCGGGGAUUUUAAAUGACCCGCGUUGACGGCCCCUUUUAGCCACGGCAGGCGGUUUAUAAGACAAGGCGCAAAAUUACUGGCGCCAGCUCAGAGCGAGAGGACUGCGGAACACAUCACAGCCAUAUGCUGGGAACAUACACAUCGUUGGGUCAGUUUUACUAAAUAAUGUUUUGUGUAAUACCCUACUAACUCCUGCAUCCGUGGAUAUCUGGAGAGAAAUAAUAUUCAGAGAGCAUCAUAUUAAGGCUCUCUUCAUUCAAGAGAGACACACGCGUGGAUAUCAUGCCAAGUAAGAAAGUGACACAAACAGAGCAGAUUAACACAAAAGAUGAACCUCCUAAAGCAAAUUCCGCGCGUCCAAGGAAAAGGAAAGCAGACGUGGCUAUUCACUUACAAGAUCCAGAUGAAGAGGUCACGGAGAUGACCAGAAAGAAACCAUGUGCAUCCCAGGCCUGCUGGAAUCCUGACACGGGUUACACAAGCCCAUGCAGGCGGAUCCCUACACCUGAUGAAGUCGAGGAACCGGUUGCUGUUGGCAGCGUGGGAUUCGCACAGUACACCUCAGAAAACAUUUUCAUCACUCCCCCACGCUCUACCCCCCUGCCAGCCCUCUGUUGGGCGAGCAAAGAUGACGUGUGGAACAACCUACUUAGAAAGGACAAAAUCUACCUAAGAGAUACACGCGUUAUGCACAGACAUCCAAAUCUCCAACCCAAAAUGAGAGCAAUUCUGCUGGAUUGGCUAAUGGAGGUUUGUGAUGUGUAUAAACUACACAGAGAAACGUUUUACUUGAGUCAGGAUUACUUUGAUCGUUUCAUGGCCACACAAGAGAACGUAAUGAAAACAACACUACAGCUUAUUGGCAUCUCCUGCCUCUUCAUUGCUGCCAAAAUGGAGGAAAUUUACCCUCCCAAAGUGCACCAGUUCGCUUACGUUACUGAUGGGGCCUGCUCAGAAGAGGACAUUUUCAGCAUGGAAAUUAUCAUCAUGAAGGAGUUGAAUUGGAGUUUGAGCCCUGUAACCCCAGUGGCUUGGCUGAACAUUUACAUGCAGAUGGCCUAUUUGAAGGAGCAUGCUGAAGUUCUCGUGUCCCAGUACCCGCAGGCUACGUUCGUACAAAUUGCAGAGCUCUUGGAUCUGUGUAUACUAGAUGUAAAGAGUCUGGAGUUUUCGUGUAGUCUUCUUGCAGCUUCAGCACUCUUCCACUUCUCAUCUCUGGAACUAGUGAUUAAAGUUUCAGGGCUAAAGUGGUCCGAUUUGGAGGAGUGCGUGAAGUGGAUGGUCCCUUUUGCCAUGUCAAUCCGUGAAGUGGGCAGUUCGGCUCUCAAGACAUUCAAAGGAAUCGCAACAGAUGACAUGCACAAUAUUCAGACUCAUGUGCCUUACUUGGAUUGGCUGGGACGGGUGCACUCCUAUCAGCUAGUGGACGUUGAGAGCAGUCAGAGGUCUCCAGUUCCAUCUGGAGUACUCACUCCGCCACCCAGUAGUGAGAAACCAGAGAGUACAGUCUCCUGACUUUUAUGUGGAUUAGGGGACAGUUCUGACUGAUGAAUUUAAAUGAAAUGCAACAUAUACAGAGUGGUGGCAUUACGGGAUGCACAGGAACAUCGAUUUUACGUGGAUUGGCAUGAGAUUGUAUACCAAAAGCAUCUUGUGCUUUUUUAUGUGAGCCUGGAAAGAUAUACUUUGUUUUUAAUGGUCCAAAGGUUUGGUGUUUUUAUUUUUGUUAAUUUUACAAAUGUAGACUACCUGCCAAAAUCUUGGAGCUGUUAUUGGCUCCGAUUGCUGCUAAAAGAGGGUGGGACUGGAGCAGAUGGAAAGAUGACCACUGAGAUCCCCGCACAAAUAUGGGCAUGGAUUUCUGUGGCUCAGGUUGCCAUUUGGACCAGCAAAUCCUGACAGGUUGUCAUGGGGACUGAAGUCUCCAUUGCCAGAAAGGACCAGAGAAAUCACCAGCUUCAGAAGCUAGGACUCAGAUUUUUAUAUUUAAGAUUUUUCUCUGGUUGCCUCCUUAAGUAUGUGUUCGAACCAAAUCUGAUCAUUCCUUUUAUAGGUUUGUUUUUAACAUGAUGCUGCUACAUUUCAUAUGUCUAAAUAAAGCAACUGUCUCAGACAGUUUUUUAAGUUUAA